UGUUCCGAAUGUAUCCACGACUUGAAUCGUGUAGUGGACGUUUAAUGGUUUUAUUGAGUUACUGUUCAUCACUAGCGUAAUCUAAGAUGUCUAAACGUCAUUCGACCGACGGGGAGGAGAGAGGUCGUAGUGACCGCUACAAAUUCUUCAAAAACGAGUCACUACCUAAUCUAUACUUUGUGUUCCAGGGAGAGGUGGCUAGUGUGAAGUCUUAUGGGGCAUUUAUAAAGAUUCCUGAUUCUAAAAAACAAGGUCUAGUACACAAAUCCCAGAUGUCCAAGGCCAGAGUUGAUGACCCGACCGAGAUGUUGAGUGUCGGAGAAAAAGUGCAGUGUAAAGUUAUCUCUAUCGAGGAUGAUAAGGUGUCCUUGUCUAUGAAGUGUGUUAACCAGACGACUGGUCAAGAUGAGGACCCUACCAAUGUACAGUUAAGCUUGGACAAUCGGCAGAAGAAGCAAGGCGUGAGAGGUGGGAGACCAAAAAUAGAACUCGGGGCAGUCCUGGACACCACAUGUCGCAAGUGUGGAGGACAUGGACAUUUAGCACAGGAUUGUUUUCACACAAAGGGAGGUAAAUCCUACGAGUUGGUCCCUGACCUGGAGGAUGAUGGAUUUCCGGAGUUAUCAGAGGAAGAGAGUUCCUCACUGAAGAAGAAAAGGAAGAAAGAAAAAAAGCCCAAAAAGGAGAAGAAAAAACACAAGAAGCACAAACACCAAAAACAGGCUUCAUCAGAAGAUAGUAGUGACGAGGAGCGGCACAGGAAGAAACAAAAACAUAAGCAUCAUAAAAGCAAGAAGUAUGACAGUUCAAGCAGUUCUGAGGGAUAGAUGUCUGGCCACCACUACAUAUAGUGUAACCCUGAGGGAUAGAUGCCUGGCCACAACUACAUAUAGUGUAACACUGAGGGAUAGAUACCUGGCCACCACUCAAACUACAUAUAGUGUAACAGUGUCUGAUUGCGGGGAUGGUCAUGCUGAGGUUAGAUGCCUGGCCACCACUCAAACUACUUACAGUGUAACAGUGUCUGAUUGCGGGGAUGGUAGAGCUGA